AUGGCCAACGGCAAGAAAUCUAAAGUGUUGGCGCUGGCGUUGGCGCUCCUCUUGGUGUUUGUGAUCCUCAUUCGUGGGCGAGGCGCGUACGACUGGGCUUCCGCGCCUGCGGGCACGGUGCCGGCAGCCAAGAGCUUGCUCGACUCGCAAAACAACGAGGUGGUGGACAACGCCAUCAACCAGGAGAUCUCACGGGAGAAAAUCAAGGAGGAGACCGGUGGAGGAGCAGGCGAAAACACCGACUCUGGGGACGUGGAGCCCUUGGACUAUGACCCCUCCAAGGAAUUCUUGCAGAUCCGCGCGUUGGCGCCGAUGACGAUCUUCUCUAAAACCUACUGCCCGUAUCUGAAGCAGCUCAAGAAGCUUCUUCUGGAGAACUACAGCAUCACACCGGCGCCCCAGAUCGUCGAGUUGGAUAAACACAAACACGGCCGCGAGCUCCAGGAGUAUGUGGGGCAUGUCUCGGAACGCAACACCGUGCCCAACGUGAUCAUCGGCACAGAGCUGACGCUCAGCAAGGGCGGUGCGUCCGAGUUCACCAAGCUCCACAAGGAGGGUAAGUUGGUCGAGAUGUUGAAAUUGUGGGGCGGCAAGGCCAUCUCCGUGCUGCGCCUCGAGGUGCCGUCGAACUCGUAGGAAAAACUACACG